AUGAUUGUCGAACCCGGCAUGUUGGAGGCGCUCAAGAAGACAGCUACCUCUUCUGUGGCUCCCAUUCCCACAGUUGUCCCUGGCCAUGAUCCUAUCUAUCAGACUGCCGGUGAUGUCGGCAACCGGACUCUCUGGGUUGUCACGGUCAUCAUGGGCCUUUCCUCGCUAGCCUUCUAUGGCAUGGCCUUCCGCCAGCCAGUCCAAAAACGUCUCUUCCACAUCCUGACCGCCUUCAUCACCACCUUUGCUUUCCUCUCCUACUUCGCCAUGUCUACUGGCGAUGGUAUUAACUACAACAAGAUCACCAAGGUCGAGACCCACAAGCACGUCCCAGACACCUACCAGACCAUCUACCGCGAGGUCUACUGGGCGCGUUACGUCGACUGGAGCGUUACCACCCCACUUUUGCUCCUCGACCUCGCUCUCCUCGCUGGUCUGAGUGGUGCCAACAUUCUUGUUGCUGUUGUUGCCGAUAUCAUCAUGGUGCUCACCGGUCUCUUUGCCGCCUACGGUAGCUCUGAUGGCCAGAAGUGGGGCUGGUACGCCUGGGCCUGCAUUGCCUUCCUCACCAUUGUCUAUCAGCUCGCCUUCAAUGGCCGUGCUGCGGUUGCAAACAAGGACAGCAAGACCAAGGCCUUCUACGGCGCAAUUGCUGGUUUCACUCUCAUCCUCUGGACCGUCUACCCCAUCAUCUGGGGUGUCGCUGACGGUGGCCGUGUUGCCGGUGUUGAUGCUGAGAUCAUCGCCUAUGCUGUGCUGGACGUCCUGGCCAAGCCUGUCUUCGGCUUUUGGCUGCUCUUCACCCACGACAGCAUGUCGUCCACUUCUCCAUCGCUCGAGGGCUUCUGGGCCAACGGCUUUGGUAGCCAGGGUCAACUCCGGGUUGGUGACGAUGACGAAGCCUAA